AUGGUCCCGGUCCUUAGUGCUCAUCCACAAGUUGCGGCGACGCUGAUUCUGCUCCUGUCCAUGCUCGGUUCGGCUGCUGGUGGGAAGCUGCUGGUGGUGCCAGUGGAUAGGAGUCAUUGGCUCAGCAUGUGGGAAAUGUUGGACAGUCUCAGGCAGAAGGGACAUGAAAUAGUCGUCACUGCACCUGAAAUGAGUUUGUACAUAAAGCCAACAAAGAAUUUUGCUAUGAAAAUGUACCCAGUCCCUUUCACACAGGAAGAGAGGGAUGAAAGUUUCCAGGCAUUUUUACAAGAUGUACUUGAAGAUGGAUCUUUUCUGGAAAGAAUUGUUAAUACAUAUAAAGGAUUGAAAAAUACUUCUGUCAUGUUCCUGUCUACCUGUACACACUCACUGUACAACAAAGAUCUUGUCAGAUAUCUUGAGGAGAGUAAGUUUGAUGCUGUGCUUAUAGAUCCUGUACUACCCUGCGGGCAGAUUCUGGCUGAGCAUCUCUCAGUCCCUUCCGUGUUUUUUUUUGCAAAGAACACCAUGUGGUUUAGAUUUUAUCCACAAGUCGCGGUGACGCUGAUUCUGCUCCUGUCCGUGCUCAGUUCGGCUGCUGGUGGGAAGCUGCUGGUGGUGCCAGUGGAUAGGAGUCAUUGGCUCAGCAUGUGGGAAAUGUUGGACAGUCUCAGGCAGAAGGGACAUGAAAUAGUCGUCACUGCACCUGAAAUGAGUUUGUACAUAAAGCCAACAAAGAAUUUUGCUAUGAAAAUGUACCCAGUCCCUUUCACACAGGAAGAGAGGGAUGAAAGUUUCCAGGCAUUUUUACAAGAUGUACUUGAAGAUGGAUCUUUUCUGGAAAGAAUUGUUAAUACAUAUAAAGGAUUGAAAAAUACUUCUGUCAUGUUCCUGUCUACCUGUACACACUCACUGUACAACAAAGAUCUUGUCAGAUAUCUUGAGGAGAGUAAGUUUGAUGCUGUGCUUACGGACCCCGUACUACCCUGCGGGCAGAUCCUGGCUGAGCAUCGCUCAGUCCCUUCCGUGUUUUUUUUGCGAGGAACACCAUGUGGUUUAGAUUUUGAAGCCACUCAGUGUCCCAAUCCCCCUUCUUAUGUCCCCAGGAUAUUUACAGAGCAUACAGACCCCAUGAACUUUCUCCAGCGGGUGAAGAAUCUAAUCUUUGACGUCCCAAAUUAUUUUCUCUGUGAUUUUGUCUUUCAAUCAUAUGCAAAACUGGCUUCCGAGUUCCUUCAGGUUGCUCAGGGCCUCUUUGCUCAGGACUGUUGA